GGCCCGUACCAUAUUCCUGAAGGCUGUUCUGUUAUUGUGGCACCUAUGGCAUUACACCGUAAUCCUGAAGUAUGGGACGAUCCUGAUACGUUUAAUCCUGAUAGAUUUCUUUCUGAAACUAACGUUGAGAGAAAUCCCUUUGCUUAUGUUCCUUUCUCAGCAGGACCCAGAAACUGUAUUGGUAAGUAACGCUGUUUAAUAUGUAACAUGUCGUACUGCUGUAACUUAAACUGAAGGGGACCCCUGUCCUGUCCAUUGAAACUGCCGACGUGGCGUGCUACUGCAAACAUGGAUAAGUUGGUGAAAUCUAUCGGAUGUGAUGCACAUUGAAAGUGGCGACGCUGAUUGUUACAGGUGACCAGAUUUACUGGUUACAGGUUACAGAUUGUUACAGGCGGUUUACGAAACGGAAAAUUGCGGUAACGCCCAAAGGAGUAACGCCAUUGACAUGACAGCAAUCCUAUUCGCAACCCUAAUGGGAAUCUUCUCUUUUAGGGCAAAAAUUUGCAAUGAUGGAAGAAAAAGUCGUAUUAGCUUCGAUUAUACGUCAUUUUCAUAUCAAGUCUACGCAGUUGACUGAGGAUAUCAAGAUAACUUCUGACAUGAUUCUUAAGUCCACCAAUGGUAUUAUGGUGAAACUGGAAACGAGAAAUUUAUAGAGAAUUCUUGGCUUGUACUCUGGUGAAAAUAAAUGCAAACCUCGAUCAAAUUGCAUCCUCUAGAUCUAUUCAACGAGGUCAAAUUAAAAAAUGAAGUAUACAUGGUCAUUUAAAGUCACAAUGUGCUAGAGGGAUGACGUCAUCGGUCAAUAGGGUUUAGAUUGGUUGUUGAAGAGAACUAACGUCAUCUCUAUUUAUGGCUGGGUUGUGUGCGUUUUCUCACAUCACGCUUGUUACGAUCGAACGUCUUUUUCAACACAUAUAAACAGUAACCUUUACGACUUUAGAUCAUCCAAGACAGAGGAGAGGGGCAUUGCGUGGUGGGGCAUUAGACUGGACUCCUGACUGAGGAUUGCAUUUAUUUGGUUAAGUUAACCAGAGUACCGCAGA